AUGUCGUCGGGCUACGAGCUCGAGAGGAUCAAGCAGACGCUAGAACGAAUUGCGCUGGUUCAUCCUCAAGUGCGAUUCUCCCUGUACGACACAACAAAGGGCUCCACGAUACUGCAUACUCGGCAGCUUCGUACUCUGCGGGCCAGCUUCGAGCAGCUCUUCGGAUCGGUCGAUGGGCUAUGCGAGGUGGAGCACUGCGCUGGGCCUUACACCUUCCGUGAUGUGAACAAGCGCAGCGUCAAAGCCAAAGAGUUGCGCAAGUUCAUCAACGAGAGCUACCUCAGUCUUUCGCUACGGACAGUCAGCGCCCUCACUACAAUCGAAGACCAUCUCGAUGCUGCCAACGGCUCUGCAGUCACGAGCAUACAGGACGCUGAUGCGAAGACGAUAUUCAACAAGUACGCUGUGUUCUUGUUGGACAUAUCCUGCCCGCCCUCAGCGUAUGACGUCACGCUAGACCCCACCAAAACGCUAGUCGAGUUCAAGGGAACAGCGUCCAUGCUGUGCGAGGCCUGGGCUGGAGAAAGCCUUGCUCGUGCGCCUCAACCGGACAACCAAGAGAGCGAGCACUUCUACGGCACACGCGAGGCCGCACUCAUCGAGGAAACUACCGCCGACCCCGAAGUGACCACGCGCAAAGUGGAUCACCAGAGUGCCAGCACUCGCAUCGCUCUUCAUCUGAGCUCGCACGCCCUCCAGAGGAAGCCGUUUCUAGGCAAAGCCGAAGCUUCCAUCCUAAGCACGGACUGCACUCACGACCGAGGCACGCAGCUGGCCGUGAGCAAGGAUGUGCUGAAGAAGAUGCGUGUGAUCAAUCAAGUCGACACCAAGUUUAUUCUGGCCAAGGAGGGCGAUAUGCUUUAUAUCCUGGACCAGCACGCGGUCGACGAGAGGAUCGGUCUUGAGAAGCUCGAAUGGUACAGUGGUAGCCGAACCCAAGUGCUUGUGCGCGCCGUGCCUGCCGUCGACGGCGUGCCGCUCACGAAUGUGGACAACCUGAGGGAAUUCGUGACCCAGCUGGAGGCGACCAACGGCUCCGCUGCGACCAAGCCCCGAUCCAUCGUUCGUCUGCUGCAAAGCAAGGCCUGCCGCGGAGCGCUCAUGUUUGGCGAUCGCUUGUCGCGUGAAGACUGCCAAGCCCUCAUCGACCGCGUCUCUGCCUGCGCUCUUCCCUUCCAGUGUGCGCACGGUAAAAUAGCCGCCCAAGCCCAUUAA